GAGCAGCCUCAGAUACUCUUAGCCAUGGCUCUGCCAGGUCCUCUCCACCUUUUCAACCUGAUGUGCAUUUUACAGUCUGUGAGUCUAGCAGCAGAGAAAGAGCGUCUGAAUGAAGUGGUUGUGUAUGACUCUUGGAACAGCAGCCAUUUGUUGAAAGCUGGUGCCAAGUGGUCAGUCAACAGUUUUGCUCUGGAGAGCAAUUCACCCCACUUGGUCUAUCAAAGCUGCCCAGUGGACAUCGAACCUCAGAAUCUGCCUGAGGUCAUGUGGACCGAUUCAAUCCCCAUCAAGGAUGCUCACCAUCUCUUCCUAGACAUGAAGUUUGCUCUCUCCAGCUGCCUUUUCCUGGAUGGUUGCAGGGAGAAUUUCAGUGUGUAUUUCUACCAAUCCAACAGCUAUGCCAGACCCAGAAUCAACAAAUCCAUCAGGAUCCCCAUCAAAGGAGAGAAGCACUUUCCCAAAGAGUACCUGGAAGGGCCCAUCGACUGGAAUAAGCUGAAGAGCACACUCAACACGGUCAGAGGGGAGAGCCUGGGUCUUGUGCAUCGGUCAGUGUUCCAGCUGGGCUUUCUUUACGUCGGUCCCUGCCUCCUCCUCAGCUCCUUCAGGGUCUAUUACAAGAAAUGCCCAGAGAGUCAUCACAGCCUGGCUGUAUUCCCUGAGGUCAUGGGCAGCGGUGAGCUGGUCCCUGGCCAGUGUGUGAACAACUCAAUACAAGAGGGCAUCCUGCAGAGGCGUUGUGGCACAGAUGGUGUAUGGGGACCCUCUGUUGGUCAUUGUAUGUGCAGUGAGGGUCACCAAGUUGAGAGGGAUGCCUGUACAGCCUGUAAAAUAGGAUACUACAAAGACACAGUGGGGCAUGGAGCCUGCAUGAAAUGCCCCAUGAACAGUCACUCAGAAGCUGAGGCCUCCAUCUCCUGCCAGUGUUUGAGUGGUUACAACAGAACUGAGACACUCUCUCCUUCGGCUCCUUGCAUUGCCAUUGAGACUGAGGGACGGUUCCUCACCACCAGAAACUUGGCACUAGUAGGAGAUGACAGUGGAGCUCUACAAACCGGGGUGAUAUUGGCAGCCUUUGGAGGUGCACUGCUAGUGGUCGUGCUGCUCAUUGGCAUGCUUGUUAGCUGCAGAAUGAAGACGAAGGACAAGUGUAAUGUAGAGAACGGAUUGCAGCUGGUACCACUCAAUACAGGAAGGUGCUUCAAGAAAAAACUGGAGGAAGUCCGAUUGCAGCAUCUGGGAAUCAGUAACUCUCUGAAGCGGAACCUGAAGAAGGUGAUGGUGGAUCGGAAUUUGCUGUCCCUGGGUCAAGUCCUUGGCGAAGGAGAGUUUGGCUCAGUGUACCAGGGAAUAUUCACGCAAACCAAUGGUGUUGUCCAGAAUGUUGCUGUUAAGACAAUGAAACAGGGACUUGAUUCAAACCCCGAGCUGGAGUCAUUCCUAAGGGAAGCAGAAUUGAUGCAAGGCUUCGACCAUCCGAACGUCCUCAGACUUAUAGGGGUAUCGUUCGAGGUUUGCUCUGAGGAACAAGUACCAAUGCCGAUGGCCAUCCUCCCCUUCAUGCCACAUGGAGACCUCCGCAGCUUCCUCCUCAACUCAAGGCACAGAGAAAACCCUGUGCACAUUCCUCUGCAGAUCUUACUGAAGUUCAUGAUUGACAUUGCCUCUGGGAUGGAGUAUCUAAGUAACCAGAGCUUCCUACACAGAGACCUGGCAGCUCGGAACUGUAUGUUGUGUGACAGUAUGAGGGUGUGCGUCGCUGAUUUUGGUUUGUCUAGAAAGAUCUACGCCAGUAAUUACUAUCGGCAGACGGCAGUCUCAAAGGUGCCUGUGAAAUGGAUGGCAAUUGAGAGCAUGGCAGAGUUGAUUUACACAACUAAAAGUGAUGUGUGGUCCUUCGGAGUGACGAUGUGGGAGAUUGUGACCCGGGGGAACACACCGUAUCCCGGUUUACAAAACCAUGAGAUUUAUGACUUCCUACAUGAAGGGAACCGGCUGAGGCAACCAUCCGAUUGUCUCGACAAACUGUACCACCUCAUGUUCAGCUGCUGGUUCUUGAACCCAGAGCAGCGACCGACCUUCACUGAGCUCAGAUCAAUGCUCCAGGAAUUCUUCUCUGCCUUGCCCAUCCUCGAGGACCAGGGUGAGGUCUACUACAGUAAUACUGGGGCGCAAGGAGCAUACUACAGUAAUACUGGGGCGCAAGGAGCAGCAGCGCAGGCGAUGUACAGGGCCGAGGACUUGAGUGAUGGGAUAGGAAACUUCUAUGUAGUGGAUCUGGGUGAUGACACGGACACUGCAAGCGACUGCAAAAGGACUCUCGGGACUGGGAGGGAAGGUUUGAUCGUUGGAUGAGAGCAUGACGUUGGAUUGUGAGAGGCACCCUGAAUCGGCCUUGCCUCCUGUGUUCUUGAACAAAUCUAAAAAGACUUGAUUUAAUCACAUGAAUCUUCAGUGCAUCAACUGGACAAAUCACCUGACAAUUACUCCUGGUGCGACUUGUUCUCUGCAAUGUUAAUUUAAAGUUACGCACUAGGCAUCAGGAGCACGGAUGGUUGACAGUGAAGAUGCAUGGGGUCAGUGCCAUAUCUGAAUGGGUGCAAACUCGCCCGGUAUAUUCAGCCACUCAUCUGCAGGACCAGUCAGGCUGUCUGAAAAUUGAUGCUAGUACUCGAUGCAGCAGGAAGCAGUGCCUCAGGGAGCUUGCGCUCCAUAGUUUCCAUCUCUAUAUUGCUGGCAGCUUAUCUUUCCUUCUCAGCAAUCCAUCCAGUAACAAGGCAGUACUUUGCUGGCAAGGACAUUUUAAGCUCUCUGCUGUUUCUGACUGGAUUAGCCAGUUGAUGCAGGAGCGUGUACAUGGGCUACGGGAAGGGAUUAAAUGGCAGGGCAGAGUCCACGAUAGGGUCAAUUGUUCAUGGGCUGUGGGAAGAUAUUAAAUGGCUGGGCAGAGUCCACGAUAUGAUCAAGCGUAUAUGGGUUGUGGUAGGAGGUUAAAUGGGUGGGCAGAGUCCAUGAUAGAAUAGGGUUUAAGUGCAACAUCCAGACAGAAGCGGGUGACAGCAGGAGGUGACCUGGAACAAGAAUGCUGGCUGAAUUUACUCCUCUCCUGAGUCUGGGGUAUGGUUGCCAGCACUCCAAGAUUGGCCUGGAGUCUCCAGGAAUUGAAGAUCCAUCUCCAGGACACUGCUGUGUGCAACCCUGGAGAAAAAUCAUCGGGACGUUAGAAAAGAUUGUCUUUUUUCUUCAUUUUCUUUAAACUUCUCUCUUUACAAGAUAUAAAAAUACUGAAAAUGGUGGGGGGGUGGGGUGAUAAAAGGCUGUUUGGCCGACAGUCAAGCAUCAUCCAGUUAGACAAUGAGUCCUUUUGCUUUCCAAUUGGCGUGGGAAGGAAGGCCGUACGUCACAAGGCUGGAUGUGUUGGCCAACUAAUGGUUGGAGUGUGGGGGCAAGUCAUGUAGUGAAAUCUCCAGGAAUAUAUUUAAUCACAGUUGGCAACCUUAGUCUAGAGGAACUGAGGCUAAUUGAGGCUCCCUUAUUGUUGCUUGAGCCAAAAUCCACUAAUUGAACCCUGCCUGGGAGAGCUAAACUCAGCUUCCUGCUAGAUGUCCCUCUCUCCCUCUAAUGCCAUGCAGGUUUCCCUGAUGGGAAGGUACAGGCGAUGAACAGGGCCGAGGACUGGAGAGAUGGGAUAGGAAACUUCUACGUAGUGGAUCUGGGUGAUGACACGGACACUGCAAGGGACUGCGAAAGGACUCUCGGGACCUGGAGGGUAGGUUUGAUCGUUGGAUGAGAGCAUGACGUUGGAUUGUGGAAGGCAGACAUGAAUUGGGCUCUGGCGGUGGGGGGGGGUAAAAAAGGACAAAAAGCAAAACGCUGUGAAUGUUGGAAAUGAUAGCAGAAAAUGCAAGGAACACUCAGUGGGCCAGGCAGAGUUUGUGGAAGGAAGAAGGUAAAGUGAUUGUUUCGGGUUUAUAGCUCGCCCGUUUGGUGAUGAUAAUCCGUUUGUCACUGUAAUACCAAAUUCAUGUCACUAAGUGGUGCUGUUGACAUAGAAAUACACGUGGCCUGAUGGUUAAGAAUCAUACAGUACAGAAGGAAGCCAAUUAGCCCCACUACCCCCAGCCACCACCACCCAUCGCUCUUUCCCCAUAGUCCUGCAAAAUUGUCCUCUGCAAGUACACAUCCAAUUCCCUUUUGAAAGUUACUACUGAAUCCUCUCAGGCAGUGCAUUCCAGAUCAUCCGUGAUCUGUUUGAAUGGCGGGGCAAGGUUUGACAGGCUGAAUGGCCUGCUUCUAUGUUCCUAUGAUCAGAAUAACUCCAGUUCACUGCGUAAAGAAAGGUUUUUUUGAUCCAUCACCCCCCCCCCCCCCCCACCCCCACCUCAACUCUGGUUCCUUUACCAAUUGUCUUCAAUCUGUGUCCCUCUGAUUACCGACUCUUCUAAUACUGGAAACAAUAUUUACUUUAUUAUUUAUUUAGAUUAUUUACCCUCCCAUCCUUAUUUGCCCCAUCCAAACCACCAUGGCAGCUGGGGGAUUUAAAUUCAGUUAAUUAAAUUAAUGUGUACUAGAAAACAACUAUCAGUGAUUGUGACAAUGUAACUACCAGAUUGUUGCUAAAAACCCAUCUAGUCCUAUAGGGAAGGAAAUCUACCCUCCGUACCCGGUCUGGCCUACAUGUGACUCCAGAUCAAUGUGAUUGACUCUUAACUGCCUUCUAAAACAGCUGAGCAACCCACUCAGUUGUAUCAAACCUCUAUGAAAAUGUCUAAUAAGACUAAAACUGCAUGCACUAUUCCAGCAUCGACUUAGGGGCUGGACACAGCAAAGGAACUAACACAGUGGGUGUACCUUCGCCACAUGGACUACAGUGGUUCACCUUCCAAACCCAUGACCUCUACCAUCUAGAAGGCCAAGAGCAGCAAGCACACGGGAACACCACCACC